AUGGGUGAUGGAGAGAAUACGGCAAUACAGUACCGCCAGGACACACUAGAGGGCGCAACGACACGGCCCCUACAAGAGCUACAGGGUGCAGAGCAGAACAUCGGACACGGCCAGAGCCAGGGUUACCCUGCUGACAUCAAGAGUUUUGACGAGUACGUUCAGGACGUGUUGCAGCACGCAGACAAGAUGCGAGCCGCGAACCCCGGUAUUCCGCUCUUCGUCUUCGGACAGUCCAUGGGAGGAUCCGUCACCAUUCUAUCAGCCCUGGAACGUCCCACUCUGUUUGCAGGGGUGAUCGUAUCCGCCCCUGGGAUCAUUCCCGCGCCGGAGUCUGCUACCACAUUUCGGGUGUUAGCUGCCAAGGCGCUGGCUUUCUUCGCGCCGAGGGCUGGGGUAGCGAGGAUUGAGACACAUAUGCUCAGCCGGGACACUGCUAAGGUGAAGGCGUUUGAAGAAGACCCGUUAGUAUUUCACGGCCGUGUCUGUGCGCGCUUGGCGGUCCAGUUAAUGAGCGCCAUGGAGCGGAUCCAGCGCGAAGUGCACAACUUCCGCACGCCUCUGUUGGCCCUGCACGGCGAUCAGGACAAGAUGGCUCUCAUCGACGGAACCAAGCUUCUGUACCAGCACGCCUCAGUGGCGGACAAACAGAUGAAGAUCUAUCCCGGCGUUUACCACGAACCUCUGUUUGAGCUGGAGCCGGACGCCCAGACCGCACGCCGCGACAUUGUAACAUGGGUGGCGGAGAGAAUACAGGCCGGGCAGUACCAACAUGACACACUAGAGGGCGCAGCGACACAGCCCCUACAAGAGCUACAGGGUGCAGAGCAGAACCAUAUCUGAUAUCCCUGUGUCUAGUACAGUAGCAAACAGUACCUCCAUUGCAUUCCUAGUGAACAUCGGGCUUAUAAAUACCUGUUUCUCAUGAGAAAGCACUUUUGGUAAGCGAGUACAAGUAGGUUUACAAAAGGACUACAAUUGAAUGAACAUGGCAUAUACUGCAAUAUAUAUUAGGUGUAUUUUUGUCACAUGUUGCAACUUGCAAGUAGUUAGGCACUGUUAUCUACUGUAUGUACAGAAUUUUGUGGUUCACUGAAUUAAAUCUUGUUCAAAACGUUU